AUUAAUCUGGAAUACUGCUUCAUGCUAUUGCUCAAGCGCAUUCGAAUCACCGUGGUUGACUUGGCAUUUCCAUCAAUUAUAUUAUCAAACGGUACCGUCGGUAUCAGACCCAGGGUGGUUUUCACCAAUAACAAGAGCAAGAUCUUGGUUUCUAGAGAGAAUAAAAAGUAA